CGGUGAGCGCGGGCGGCGGUCAGUCUCGGCCCGAGUGCGACUUCGAGCACGUGCGUCAGCGAACAAAAUGUCCGCGAACGGAUCGGCGGCGACUGAGCCGCGGCUGUGCCACGUGCGAAAAAUACCAGACUUCGACGGCUAUGGAUUCAAUUUGCAUGCGGAAAAGGGAAAACCCGGCCAAUACAUAGGAAAAGUCGACGAGGGCUCUCCGGCCGAGGCCGCGGGCCUGCGUCGCGGAGACCGCAUCCUCGAGGUGAACGGACACAGCAUCGCCGGCGAGACGCACAAGCAGGUCGUCUCGCGGAUCAAGGAGCGGCCCGAGGAUGCGGAGCUGUUGGUCGUUGCGCUGGCGCCGGGAGAGGUGAUGCCGGACCUGGACGCGGUCCCGGCGCAGACGCAACCUGACCGGUCGCCGGUGCCAGCCCGUGAGAGCCCUCCGCCCGCUGCCGAGCCGCCGCGACUCAACCUCCAGAUGACCGCGGCCGAGAUGCGCGCGCAUCUCGCCGCUAAAAAGAAGAUCGACCCCAAAAAAGUGCCGAUGGACCUCAAGUCCAAAUUUGACAUCGUCAAGAAACUCUGAGAGUCACUUCGGUUUGUGAAUAGUACCUGUGAGUGUAGUGACCGGUCGGUGGUGUCGCGUGCCGUUGUUGUUGUUCAUAGAUACGUGCAUCUGUACAUAAUGGCCGAAGUGGCUCGGAUGAUGUUAUUACGGCUGCCGUGAAGGCUGUGCGGCGCUCGCCCCGCGCCCCCUAACCCGCGCGCCGCGGCACACGGACGUUGUUGCCAACUAUCGCGCUGCGACACCGAUAGCUUCUCACACGAUUAUCGCAUAAAGUACACAAAAUGGAACAAUGACAUCGAUAGCGCAGGUGCGGACGCUGCGCUUCGCCGCGCAGCGCGUGUUGCGCGCUCGUGUGACCCGCCCUUAAUGUAUUUUGAUUAGAAUGACAUAUAUCCACAUUUAAUUGACGUCUGUUGUCGUUGCAAAAAUUAUGCUAAUUAUUUAUUUGCGCACAAAACACACUAAUUUGCUGUGUGAGCUGAAAUCUAGAACCACGUGAGAGUAUUUAUGACAAAGUGACAGCUGUCAUUCUAAUCCACAACUGGACGAUUGUUCUGCCGCUUCAUGCUGCGGCCAUCUCGGCGCUCACUAUUUUUAUUGUAUAAUAAAAUGAUGCCUGUUUUUAAUUGCCAUGAGAACUGUACAUAAUUAGUACCUAACGAUUGAGUUUAUUGAAUAGUAUGUAUAUUUAUUGUAUGUAAUAAAAUGCAAUUGUUUGAGUUUUAAUUAAUUGUGAUUAUCUAAAUGUGUAGUUUAGAGUAACAUUUUUUAAGUGCAAUUUUGUUGGAUCAUGAAUUAAACACAUUCUACAAACGA